AUGUCAAGCAAAACUUCUACUAAUGCGACGUCGUCGGUGCCGAAAAGUUCGUCACCGCUCGUCGUUGUCGCCAAUAGACUCCCGUUCAUCUUGCGCCGAAACGAAGAAACGGGGGAGUUGGAGCGCAAACAAUCUGCUGGAGGGUUGGUUACAGCAGUUGCCCCAGCCGUGUUGGCGUGUGAUGGGAUGUGGGUCGGCUGGCCCGGGAUGCAUGUCGAAGAUCCCACGGAACCCAUCCCGGAAUCUUCGCCCGAGGACAAGGCGCCGACUGCUGGACUCCGAUCCGACCAGGUGGUCGCUGUCAAUAUUGACAAGUCCUUUUUCGACUCGUAUUACAACGGCUGUUGUAAUGGGACAUUUUGGCCUCUGUUCCACUCCAUGCCUGACAGAGCCAUUUUCAGUUCUGAACACUACCAGGCCUACACUCAUGUGAAUGAGCUUUUUGCCGAGGAUACGAUGAAGGCAUUGAAGAAGAUCACUAGCAGACCGGGUGUGCAGGCGGGUGACAAACAUUUGCCCAUUAUCUGGAUCCAUGAUUACCACCUCAUGCUGGCUGCCAACUCUAUCAGGGCUUCAUGUGAAGAAGAAGACAUCAAGUGCAAGUUGGGGUUCUUCCUCCACAUCCCGUUCCCACCAUGGGACAUCUUCCGUCUUUUCCCAUGGGACGACGAGAUCCUCCAGGGCAUGUUAGGAUGCGACCUAGUGGGUUUCCACAUCGAAGACUACUGCAGGAACUUUCUGGAUUGCUGCGCUCGGAGACUCGGGUGCAAAGUGGACAGACGGAAUAAGCUGGUGGAAUUCUGCGGACGCACUGUGCGAGUCCGCACUCUGCCGAUCGGCAUUCCGUACGAGCGGUUUGCGCAAAUGGCCAACGAUGCCCCCAGGGUGGUCAAGGCCGAUGGCAAAAGCAGCCAGAUCAUUUUGGGCGUCGACCGUCUGGACUACACCAAGGGGAUCGUCCAUAGGCUGAAAGCCCUCGAACACUUGUAUGAAAACCAUCCCGAGCACUUGGAGAAUGUGACUCUGCUGCAAGUGGCUGUUCCGUCGAGGACGGAUGUGCGGGAGUACCAGGCGCUGAAGGAAGAAAUCGACCAGGAAGUGGGUCGCAUCAACGGAAGGUUCUCCACUCCGAAUUGGUCGCCCAUCAGGUACCUGUACGGCUGUGUGGGCCAGAAUGAAUUGGCGGCUUUCUACAGGGACUCGAGUGUCGCUCUGGUCACUCCCCUGAGGGACGGCAUGAAUCUGGUGGCCAAGGAAUACGUGGCUUGCCAGGUUGACAAGCCCGGAGUGUUGAUUUUGUCGCCAUUCGCUGGCGCGGGAGAGACCAUGCACGAGGCACUCGUGGUGAAUCCCUACGAAAUCAGCGAAGUGGCGGAAGUGAUCCACCGGGCCCUGACGAUGCCGGAGGACGAACGGGAACUGCGGAUGUAUCAUUUGCGACGUCGCGAGAGGCAGAUGGACAUUUCCCACUGGUUGAAUGCGUUCCUGGCUGACAUGGGGGCCCUGAUUGCCGAGGAUGGCAUCCCUGCACCCAAUGCACCACCAGCCACAAAUGGCUCGAGCACUCAGAUUGAGCCGAUGUCGGUGGAGGACUUCGACGAGUUCCUUGCAAGCUACAUCGACGAGAGCAGCAAAUUGGCACUCUUGUUGGAUUACGAUGGAACCCUGGCACCAAUUGCCCCGAAGCCGCAUCUGGCGUUCCUUCCGAAGGAAACGAAAAAGGUUUUAUUGCGAUUGUCCAAUAUCGCGGACGUGCAUAUCGCUAUCAUCUCGGGGAGAAGCCUGCAGGACGUGAAAGAAAUGGUGGGCAUUGACGGGUUGACCUACGCCGGGAACCACGGGCUGGAGAUCCUGCAUCCGGACGGCACCAAGUUCGUGCAUCCCGUGCCCCAGGGCCACGAGGAAAACCUUUCUCAAAUCAAGCAAGAACUGCAAGAGUCCUGCUGCAGGGACGGGGCUUGGAUUGAGCCCAAGGGCGCCUUGCUCACUUUCCACUACAGGGGUGCUCCUGCCAAUUGUCAUUCCAAGCUGAAGACGGACGCCACGAAAAUCAUCACCAAGCAUGGGUUCACGGCGUCCCCGGCGCAUUGUGCCAUCGAAGCCCGACCGCCGGUCCAGUGGGACAAGGGCAGGGCGUCCAUUCACAUCCUGCGCACCAUGUACGGCGUGGACUGGUGCGAGCGGGUGCGAGUCAUCUACUGCGGGGACGACCACACGGACGAGGACGCCAUGCGGGCGCUCAAGGGCAUCGCGACGACGUUCCGAGUCACGACGUCGCACGCGGUCCGCACGGCCGCCACCAGGCGCCUGUCCAGCACAGACAGCGUCCUCACGCUCCUGCGCUGGGUCGAGCGCCACAUGCAGGGACGCCCCAUGAAGGGAUGGUUCGAAAAGUUUUGUUGGUACCUGGAAAUGAAGAGCUAUUCGAGUUUCCGAGUCAGAAUCCUUCAAAUCAUUCUUGAGACCCACGAUGACGAAGACACAGCGAGCUUUAGUAGCUGGCAGCUCCACGGCAAUGGCUCCACGAGUUUCGAAAUGUCCGAUCCCGAGGACUGGAAACCAAACACCAGCUCCAACAACAACAACAACGACAACCACAAGAACGACAGCGAUGAAAGUGAAAAUGAUGCUGAUCAGCAUCAUCAUCAUCAGAAGGAGGAUGAUGAUGAUCAGCGACCCGCAUCCGCAAAAACCGCUUCGUUUGCC